AUCGSCUUCUGACCGGUUAUCUGUUCAACGAAUGGCUUCCUUCGCUACCAUUUCUUCGCUUGUCUGUGGAAUGCGCGUUGAUUUCAUGGUCAAUAUUAUUGAAGAUUCUAGAGCAGACGUGGUACAACUAGUACUGUUCGCGUGCUUCGUGUGCAAACAUGUGGAAUUCCAAAGCAAAAACUGUGUGCCUGUGGCUGGUCAUUGUUGUUCUUAGUCAGUUGGCCGAAGGCCGGAGAGUUAGCGGAGGUCGAAGACCAACUGGAACUGGGUCUCGAGGCACUCACGGACAUCCGGCCAGUUUGUCUUAUCCAAAUUGGCGUCCAGCAUCCAGGACAACGCACCAACCCUUCAGGCCACCGCAACCAACCAGACCUCCACCAGUUUGGAACCAUGCAAGCAUCGGCGCAGUUGGACCUCCAGCGCCGAACAACCACCAGAACAUCAAUCCUGCAAGCAUCGGUUUUAAGGACGCAAACCACGGGCCAGUAGUCAAUGGGCAUAUGGUACCUCCUAAUGAACGCGCCCAGCAAGUAAAACCGCUGAACAGUGGAAAGAAUCCAAGUUUCGAACCCAGCGCACCGCCGUUUGAGCAUGGAACCCACUCUAAUCCCGCGCCACCAAUCGGGUUCAAGGCGACUGGUCGCAAUGAUGGUACGCCUGCAACUCACAUGAAGGGCGCCGGAACCCCCAAUGAAAACCUCCAGCAUGUGAAACCCCUGGAAAAUGGCAGGAAUCGGAACUACGAGCCCAGCGCCCCUCCAGCUGAACCUGCCAGCCGGUUUCAUCCUGCACCCCCUAUUGGGUUCAAAGGGAGUGCUCCUUACGUUGCUCCUCCUCCUUAUACACCACACCAUGCUGCGGUGGCGCCUCCCGCCUACUCGCCAGCCCAAAAUCCGGCCGGUUACGGCCCCCCGCCUGCCUACCACCCGUACUCCAACGGGGGAGCGCCCUACCCUCAACAGCAGUACCACCAACCAGGCUACCCCUACCCGAACAGUCCGCACUAUGGAAGUGGCGGCAUGACCAACAUCCACGUAACCAACAUCAACACCAACAAUCAUCACUACAAUGAAGGGUAUGGCGGCGGGUUUGGAGGGUUUGGAGGCUACAGUUACCCCAGCUAUCACUACUCGAGCAACGACUUGGGGAGUGGAACCUUGGGCUUUUUCCUCGGGUACUCGCUGGCUAAAAUCACCACGCCCACUUUCCACCACCAUUCGUUCUACGACGGGUACACCCCCAGGUACGACCACUACGAGAUCCACCACUACUACCACAACUCGGGGACGGUGCCCGCGCAAAGUACCAUCCAACCCAACGCCAUCGUGGGCUGUGUGGGGGACAGCGGCAGCAUUUGCCCCCAAGGAACGUCGUCGCUUUGCACCAACAACGGCGCGAUUUUAUGCGUGGCGAGCGCCGCCAGUACCGUGCCAUGCACCGAUGCCGCGCAGGGCAAUUGCGUGCGAACCGUGAUGCCGUGCGUGAAUGGAACCCAAGACUGCACAGUGGGCAGCAACACCACUCUGGCCAUUCCCUGCAUCUCCAAAGCUCAAGUCCCGGGAAAUGUCACCUACGUUAAUAACACGGUCAUCGUCAACCACACUACCAUUAUAAACAACUUCGCAAAUGGUACCAGUCUGAAUGAGACUGUAACUAGCGCGAACAGCACUAGUGGGAACACUGUUAACGGCACUGCAGUCGAGUUGUCAGUGCUCAAUAUCACCACGCCUGUUAAUGGCACUGAGCCCAAUGCGAACACUACCCGGUCCAGAAGAGACACGCCCGCCCAGCCAGUUAACGAGUUUUGCGUCACGAUUCUGGCGCUACCUGCCGAGAAAAAGCCCAGCACGCAAGAGCAACUGCUGGAGAAGAGCACCAAUGUUUUUGCCAAAUUUUUCGUCCGAGCCUUAGGCGCCAACUAGUUUGAUUUAGCGUUGUAUUGUGGGCUUUAUGUUUAUACCCUUGUAACAUGCA